GGACGCUAGCUUCACACACAUCAACCAUGGCACAAAUUUCUGAUUGCCAUAGCGACAAGAGUAUCAACAAACAUCAAAACACGGCGGAUACCUAUUGGGUUUGAUAGUCGGAGAAAGACCGGAAAAAAUGUUUUUAUAUCUAAGUAAAAAGAUCGCAAUCCCAAAUAACACAAAGAUACACUCCCUGGAUUGGAAUAAACAGGAUGGCUACAUAGCUGUUGGUGGUGACAAUGGACUUUUGAAAAUAUUGAAACUUGAUUCAGGAACUGAUGCCAGUUUGAAAACUAGAAAAUUUGCUUCAACUAGCAACUUGUCCAUGAAUCAAACACUUGAAGGUCAUUCUGAUGCCGUCAAGGUACUGACAUGGAAUGACCCCCAUAAAAAAUUAACCACAAGUGAUUCUAAUGGAGUAAUCAUUGUAUGGAUGCUGUAUAAAGGCGCAUGGUAUGAAGAGAUGAUUAACAAUAGAAAAAAGUCUACAGUGGUUGGAAUGGCUUGGAGCGCUGAUGGUGAAAAGAUUUGCAUUAUUUAUGAAGAUGGAGCGGUAAUAGUAGGUUGUGUUGGAGGCAAUAGAAUAUGGGGUAAAGAAUUUAAACAUGCUCCUCUUUGUGGGGUUCAGUGGUCACCUAAUGGCAAGCUUCUACUAUUCGCCUUGAAAAAUGGACAACUUCACCUGUAUGAUAAUCAAGGCAGUUUUGUCAUGAAACUUACUGUUCUCUGCUAUGAUGUACAGUAUGAUCCUGUACCAAUUAUCAGCAUUGCAUGGUAUAACGGAAUUGGUAGUUUUACGCAAGAUGUGAACCCAGUUCUAGCUAUAUGCUUGGAAAAUGGGAAAAUGCAACUUAUGAAAAAUGAGAGUGAUCCAAAUCCAAUUUUGGCUGAUGCAAAAAUGUUUGCGGUACAUUGCAGUUGGAAUCAUAACGGCUCUUUACUUGCAAUAUCCGGAAAACAAUUUGUUGAAGAUAAGGAGGUGAACCUAGUUCAGUUUUUUAACCCAUUUGGAGAGCAUCUAAGAUCUUUGAGAGUUCCCGGUUCAACAAUCUCUUGCUGUGUUUGGGAAGGCGGAUCUUUACGAGUAGCCCUAGCCGUAGAUUCUUUUGUCUAUUUUGCUAACAUCCGUCCAGAUUACAAAUGGUGUUAUUUAAAAAAAACUAUUGUUUUCACUUGUUGCCGUCCAGGAAAAUCUGGAAUAUGUAUUAGUUUUUGGGAUAUCACCAACAACUUGUGUCACACUCGAUGGGUUAAUACCUUGUAUGCAAUGGCAAGUUGUGGAGAUUAUUGUAUUGUCGCAACACAAUCAGGUAUAGAUAGUAUUGGAAAAUAUGGACUUAUCCUUUAUAAUACUGUAGGAACUCCCGUGGAUGGAAAGUAUAUUAAUAUAGAACCUUUGGGUGUUGCUAUAAAUUCUUAUCAGGUAUUUUGCGCAUCCAGAAAUAAUUUUAUUGUGUGGCAUUACAAAACCCCUCAGUCUAUAACUGUGGGAGCAGCAAGAUCAAAAACAUUUCAUAUAGACGACAAUCCAUCAGGCGCUGUUGAUAUUAUCCAGGACCUAAACGGUUCAUGUUCCGUUACAGUUAGUACUCACCAGACUGUUGAUUCAAUUUGUUGCAUUGCUGCUAGCGAAACAUGUCUUAUUAUUGGAAGAGAAUCGGGACUCAUACACUACUAUGUUUUGCCUCAUAUCGUAUUAACAAACAGAUAUAAGAUUGGUGCCAGACCUCACAAAUUAUCCAUAAAUUGUAAUUCGACAAAACUAGCCGUUAUCGAUGUAUCAGGAGUAAUGACGGUCCUAGAUAUUUCAGAGAGUUCAGACCGACCUUCCACAAACGUCGAGGGACAUAAACUUGAGAGAAAGGAUGUGUGGUCCAUGUGUUGGGCGUCUGAUAAUCCCCAACUUUUAGCACUUAUGGAAAAAACACGAAUGUAUAUUUUUAAAGGCAUGUACCCUGAAGAGCCGGUGGCCUGUUCUGGUUAUAUUUGUAGCUUUAAUGAUUUAGAAGUUGAGGCAGUUCUUUUAGACGAUGUUAUAGAUAACCCAGAAAAACCUACUAAUGACUAUCUUAUAAAAUUAGAAAUUAAGAGCCUAAGAGAUACAAGACAGCUUUUAGAAAAGGUUGGGAUAAAUGAAGCUGCUCAAUUCGUUGAAGAUAAUCGUCAUCCGAGAUUAUGGAGAUUGGUGGCAGAAGCAGCCCUAAAAGAAAUGAAUCUUACGAUGGCUGAUGCUUGCUUUGUUAGAGCUAAAGAUUAUGCCAAAGUCCAAUUUGUGAAAGAAAUGAGAGACAUUAAUAACGAAGCCGUUAAAAGAGGGAGAAUUGCUACAUAUUUUAGGAACUUUGAUGAAGCUGAGAAGAUUUAUAUGGAGGCUGAUAGGAGUGAUUUGGCUUUGAAUUUGCGACGAACAUUAGGAGAUUGGUUCAGAGUAAUCCAGAUUCUUAAAAAUGGUAUUACAGCACCGGAUUACCUUUUAAAGACUGCCUACGACUCUACAGCUGAUUAUUUUUUUCACUUUAAUAACUGGGCAUCUGCCACCGAAUAUUAUGAAUUAGCUAAAAAUACAGCAAAAGUUAUAGAUUGCAAUUAUCAAUUAGAAGAUUGGAAAAGCCUGGAGUCUAUAAUCGAUCGACUCCCUGAAGGAGAUGCCCAUUUAGAGAAAAUUGGUGAAAUGUUCGCUGCAAAUGCCGUCCACGCAGAAGCUAUUAAUGCCUUUACAAAAGCAGGACAGAUCAAAUCUGCGAUAGAUACUUGCAUUCUUCAUACCAAGUGGGAUGUUGCUAUUGACUUGGCAAAGAAAUACAAUAUUACGAAUAUUUCGGAUCUUCUGGUGAAAUAUACCAACCAUUUAAUUGCGCAAAAUCAAUUUAUGACGGCCAUCGAAAUUAACGUACAGGCAAAGUGCUACUUGCAAGCUGCUGAAAUUGCUUAUAAGCUGGCAGAAUAUGAAGCCCAUAAACCAAAAAAGAACUUAAUAAAAAUAAAAAAACACCAUGUCUAUGCUGCUCGAUUGAUCGAACUACACAAGGGAACUUCGCAGACAGGUAGCACCAAAAAGAUAAAUCAUUUGUUGCUAGGAAAUGCUUGGAGAGGAGCAGAAGCCUACCAUUAUUUGAUAUUAGCUCAUCAGCAAUUAUACAGUGGUAAAAUUUAUGAUGCUUUAUGCAUUUUCUACAAGUUGCAAGACUAUACCGACUUUAUUGCCGAAAUUGAAAUUUUUUCACUUUUGGCUUUAACUGCCUGUUUGGAUAGAUCAUUUUUUAUAUGUUCAAAAGCUUUUAUGAAACUUAAAACUUUAAAACAUGUGAAUGCUUUCGAUCAAAACCAAUACAGCAAGCUCGCCUGGGAUAUUUUCAGACAAAACGAACCUAUAAAUUUAAAAGAAAAGCUAGUAAAAUGCGAUAACUGUGAAGUAGUCAUUCCGUUAUGGAAUACAUCAUGUCCAAACUGCAAAGUUCAUUUUCCAACUUGUGUGGCCACAGGUAUGUCAAUAGUAGGAUCUCCUACUUGGUCGUGCAAAGUUUGUAGGCAUCCAGCUCUCCAAAGAAAAAUGGAUAUUUUAAAUUAUUGCCCCUUAUGCCAUGCCAAGCAUGAAAGGCAGUAAUACUCGAGUAAAUUGAACUAUUUGUUUUAAUAGUUAAUUUUUAUGACCAUCGCCUUUUCCAAUAUCCUUUUCAAGGGCACAAUAAUGAAGAAACAACGGGUUUAUUAAAAUUUUUUUAUAUAAUUAUUUAAAAAAAUAUAUUAGGCUCUCUAUUGAGAAAAAAAUCAAAGCAGUCAAAUUUCAAAACUCUACAAAAAAGGAAAAACCUCUUUUUAAGCCUUAAAAAAAAAGUUUAAGGCUGUUAACUCUCGCUAUUAGACUAUAAGUCUCAACCCGUUAUUUUAACCAAAAAUUAUAUAGAUAUAGAACUCACAAAAAAAAAACUGGUCUGAUAUAACUUUGUUAAAGAUGUAAUCUCAAAUGCGCUUCUUGGCAGGCCAGUGCAUGCCGUUUUAAUUACAAAGUAUGGUUUUUCUACUAUUGCAGCUUCGAAAAAAACUUUAAAAUUAAGUAUACGCAUUCAAUAAAAAUUAACGUAGUAUAAUCGUUUUGACUUGCAUAGUAAAAUAAAAAAAAAUAUAUUUUA